AUGCCGGCAGGCAAGCAAAGCAAGCAAGCAAACGUCGAAGGACGAAGUUGCAGCAAGGCGCUUCUCUUUUUGGCGAGGACGAGGUUGGCUGGGCUGCUUGGUCCAGUGACGCGGCUGCUUACUCAUAACACUAUCUGGACGUCGAUGAAGAAGAAGAAGAAGAACAAGAAGAAGAAUGAUAAUAAUAAGGACGACACGACAUCACAAGGCAUCAGGGAGAAGGUGAUAUGUUGGUUGGUUGAUAGCAGUCGACAGAGGCGGCGGCAGGGGAUGAUCACAUUGACUAGUUAG